UUAGGGCUUAAAUUAGUCGGCCCAAAUAUUAAAAUCAGGCCCAUUAAUAGAACCAGGUGAGAUGCUAUUUGGGCCGAAUCGAGCUCUACGGCGGCGACUGUUUUGUCUAUAAACAAUAGGCGGUGGCGGAAGGAAAGGAGUCGGUCUCAGAUCCCAAAUCGGAACGUCAGGGGGUUUCAAUCGAACUUUAAACCUAUCAUCAGCUCGUGUCGAAGAGAAAGAAGAUGGGGAAGAAGCAGCACAGCAAGGAUCGGAUGUUCAUAACGAAGACGGAGUGGGCAACGGAAUGGGGAGGCGCUAAAUCCAAAGAGAAUCGCACUCCUUUCAAGAGCCUUCCUUUCUACUGCUGCGCGCUUACGUUUCUGCCGUUCGAGGAUCCUGUGUGUACAACCGACGGCAGCGUUUUCGAGCUAACAACGAUAGUGCCUUACAUUAGGAAGUUCGGUAAACAUCCAGUUACAGGAGCGCCUUUGGAAGGAGAUGAUCUUAUUCCUCUCGUCUUUCACAAGAACUCUGAAGGAGAGUUUCAUUGUCCUGUUCUCAACAAAGUCUUCACUGAGUUUACUCAUAUUGUUGCUGUUAAGACCACCGGAAACGUAUUCUGCUACGAGGCAAUCAAAGAGUUGAAUAUCAAAACCAAGAAUUGGAAGGAGCUUUUAACAGAGGAACCAUUCACAAGGGCUGACCUUAUAACUAUUCAAAAUCCUAAUGCAGUUGACAGUAAGAUAACUGUGGAAUUUGAUCACGUUAAAAACGGCCUUAAGCUUGAAGAUGAAGAAUUGAAGAAGAUGAACUCAGACCCGGCUUAUAACAUAAACGCCUCUGGAGAUAUCAAGCAUAUGCUUGCAGAUCUUGGAACUGACAAGGCCAAGGAGAUUGCUUUACACGGUGGAGGUGGAAACAAGGCACGUAAUGAAAGAGCCGCUGCUAUUGCUGCCAUUCUUGAGUCGAGGUCGAAAAUCAAAGAGAGUUCUAAAGCAGACGAACCUAAGCAGACUUACAGCGUUGUGGAUGCCGCAUCCGCUUCGGUUCAUGGAAGAAGUGCUGCUGCAGCUAAAGCUGGGUCCAGUGAUAAAACAGCUGCAAGAAUAGCUAUGCAUAUGUCUGGAGACAGAGCACCUAUAAAUACUAAAAUGGUGAAGAGCCGUUACUCUUCAGGUGCUGCUUCUCGUUCUUUCACUUCCACUGCGUUUACACCUGUAACCGAAAACGAUUUUGAACUAAUCAAAGUCGAGAAGAACCCAAAGAAGAAAGGGUAUGUUCAGUUUCGCACAACACAUGGAGAUUUGAACAUUGAGCUCCACUGCGAUAUAGCUCCUAGAGCAUGUGAGAAUUUCAUCACCCUUUGUGAACGCGGGUACUACAAUGGAGUAGCCUUUCACAGAAGCAUCAGGAACUUCAUGAUUCAAGGUGGCGAUCCAACUGGCACAGGAAAAGGAGGUGAAUCCAUUUGGGGGAAGCCAUUCAAAGACGAGCCAAACUCGAAGCUGCUCCACUCGGGAAGAGGCGUGGUUAGUAUGGCUAACAGUGGUCCUCACACGAAUGGUUCUCAGUUUUUCAUCUUAUACAAAUCAGCAACCCAUUUGAACUACAAGCACACAGUGUUUGGUGGAGUUGUUGGUGGUUUGUCAACACUAGCAGCAAUGGAGAGUGUACCUGUGGAUGAAACCGACCGUCCUCUUGAGGAGAUUAAGAUAAUUGAGGCAAAUGUGUUUGUAAAUCCAUACACAGAACCUGAUGAAGAGGAAGAAGAGAAAGAGAAAGCUGAGAAGGAGAAGAACGAAGACAAAGACAUUGAGAAGGUCGGGUCGUGGUACAGCAACCCAGGAUCAGGUACAGCAGAAGGUGGAGCCGGUACUGGUGGCGUCGGGAAAUACUUGAAACCUAAGAGUAAUGCAGCCACUAAGGACACUAGUGGUGCCACAGACUCUGAUAUUGCAGCCACUGGAGUGUCUAAGAAAAGGAAAACAACUUCUGCUUCAGCCUCCACAGGGUUUAAAGAUUUCUCUGGCUGGUAGGUGAAGAAAAACACUCUCUACCAACUUUGUAAAACUGUUCACUUGUCUUUUGAUAGAGCCCAAACCACAAAUGAAUUGUUGUAUGUGAAUCUUUGAUGAUCAAAAGCUGAAGGUGGAGUGAAAUAUUUCUUAAAA